CACAGGCAAGCGACUGAACAUUGUCAUAGUAGCUGAGGGGGCCAUUGACAAGAAUUGCAAAGAAAUCUCGUCGGCGUAUGUGCGGGAUGUGAUUGUGGAGCGGCUGUCGCAUGACACACGCAUUACCAUUCUCGGUCAUGUGCAGAGAGGUGGCAGAGCAAGUGCUUACGACCGCCUGCUGGGCUCCGUGUCUGGGGCGGCGGCUGUGGAGAAACUGCUGACCGCCAAGCCAGGGGACGCUGCGACCAUUGUGGGGGUGCGUGGGAUGGAGAUAGUGUAUGAGCCGUUGGUAGAGACAGUGCAGGCCACUCAGCUGGUGGCUGAGCUCACGGCACAGCAGAACUUCAAAGCCGCCAUCAAGGCACGCGGAAAGAACUUUGACCGCGACUACGAGUUCCACAAGGACAUCAAUGGCACAAAUCCCAAGGUUCCCGUGGGCACGCACCCCAAGUCCGUUGGUAUCAUCUGCGUUGGUGCACCGGCCAGUGGCAUGAACAGCGCCAGUCGUGCGGCUGUUCGGUACGCCAUGAACUUUGGGUGCAAGGUGUACGGUAUCAGGGAUGGCUUCGAUGGGUUUGAGAAGGGAGAUCUGGUGGAGAUUUCCUUCAUGGAGGUCAGUGGAUGGUCGUCUGAGGGUGGCACCAAGUUUGGGGUCAACCGAUCCCAGCCGAAGGACUUGGACAAGAUCUCCAAGGUUAUGGAGGAGUACAAGAUGGGUGCACUGCUAGUGCUGGGUGGCUUCGGUGGCUUACAGGCUGUCCUCACUCUGGAGAAGGCCAAGCCCACCCACCCGUCGCUGCAGAUUCCCAUCUGCCUCAUCCCCUCAACCAUCUCCAACAACGUCCCCGGAACGGACUACAGCAUCGGUUGUGACACCGGUGUCAAUGCUGUCGCCGAUGCCAUCGACAGGUGCAAGUUGUCUGCCGAUGCGUCGCGUCACCGCGUGUUCAUUGUUGAGACCCAGGGUGCCAAGUGCGGCUUCUUGGCUCUGGUCGGUGGUCUGACCGCAGGCGCCGAUGUCGUCUACACACGUGAAGAGGGCGUCACACUCAAUCAAAUGCUGGAUGACCUGGUCCACAUCAAGCAGCGCAUGGCCGAGGGCCACAAGUACAGUGUGGUGGUGCGCAAUGAGAACUGCAGCCCUACCUACACGCUGGCGUUUAUGAAGAAUCUGUACGAGGAGGAGGGCAAGGGCUUCUUCUCAGUGCGCACAUGUCGUUUGGGUCACAUGUGCCAAGGACUGUACCCGUCACCACUUGAUCGCGUGCGCGCGGCUCAGUUCGCUGCGUUUGGAACUCAGGAGCUUCUGCGACAGAUGGACAGCAGAGAGCACACGUCGUUUGUGGCAGGCAAGAUAAACGGGCAGCUGAAGCUGUCGGAGAUCACAGAGCUUGCUGAGAAGGAGGCUGAUUACGUCAACCGAAGCACCAAGGAAAGCAGCUGGAUGGUGCUAUUACCGCUGGUGCGACAACUGGCCAAGUACGGCAUAGACAACCCCACGACCAAACACGACUCCAAGGUCACGGAGAUGCUCAAAAAGAUACACAAAUAGGUGCCACAGAUAGGCGCACCGGUUGGUGGCGGUAGGCGGGGCUACUACGGGUGAGAUGUGGGUAGUUGGUCUAGAGACGGAGCGUACGGUAUGAAACCCUGCACGAAGGUGUUUGAGUGAAGAUGUUUGAGUGGAGCGGUGCAUAUUCUCUAUGUAUGAUGUUAUAAUGUUAGGUACCAGCCAUAGUAAAUAAACUAAAGAUUGAAAUAAUGUGGACGUCCUCCUCGCGAGUAUUGCACAUCGUGAAGCUUGGCACCGGUAUAGUCUGUGAACUUGUUAUCAGACGUGCAGAGCUGACAUCGGCAAUAUCUGCACCCGUGUGUUAUGUGCACUCCAGUAGUGAGAUCAGUGUGGGAAUGGAUGGCCGUAUAACCCGGGUUUCACGCACUCAUUCUUUUCUUUGAUUUCAAUGGUGCAUCAUAAAGCGACUUACUAGUUAAUACCUUCUCAAGCCAUGUCGCUCAUAUGCGUCUCAAUGGUACAUGCCCCAUUCGAUUGUAGUCUAUGCAUAAAGCGACUUACUAGUUAAUACCUUCUCAAGCCAUGUCGCUCAUGUGCGUCUGCUCGCCCUAAAUAGUGUCUCUUGAACCAACAGAGAUGCCCAGGGAGAUGCUAGAGGCCUCUGCUGGUUCGUCGAGUCUUUUGCCACAGGUUGCGGUGGAAGUUCUAGUUCUUACUAUA